AUGUCGUCUGACUACAAGUUAGAGGGAGUUAAAGGCCAUGAAAUUGAGGACCCAGAAGUUGGUUCACCAAAUGGAGUUCAUAGUAUUCUUGCAGAACGGAGAAAUAUGACUCUCAGUGACAGGUUGUUCAGAGGGAAUCGAGCAGGGCAUGGUGACACCGUCUCUGUUAAUUCCAGUGACGGAAAUGAAAAGCAUGGACAUGGGUCAGCCAAGAAAUCUGAACCUUUGCUGUCUGGGACAGCAUAUUGCCUCUCAUCGUGUAGCAUGAUUUUGCUCAAUAAAAUUGUUCUAUCCGGUUACAACUUCAAUGCAGGAGUAUCGUUGAUGUUCUAUCAAAACUUGAUAAGUACUGUAAUUGUUGUAUUGUUGGACUUCUCUGGAUUUGUUACUGUGGAAAAGCUCAAUUGGAAACUGGUUAAGGUCUGGAUCCCUGUUAAUGUAAUCUUCAUCGGCAUGCUUGUAUCAGGCAUGUAUAGUUUGAAAUACGUAAAUAUUGCAAUGGUGACCAUUCUGAAGAAUGUGACAAAUAUUUUAACAGCUCUGGGAGAAUUAUACAUGUUCCGGAAACACCAGAAUCAGAAAGUGUGGACUGCGAUGUUUCUGAUGAUUAUCUCAGCUAUCAGCAGUGGCAUUACAGAUAUCUCCUUUGAUGGUGUAGGUUAUGCUUGGCAAUUUUCAAAUUGCAUACUAACAGCAAGCUACUCACUUACUCUACGGCGAGUCAUGGAUGAAGCCAAAAAGCAUACAAGAUCUGGAUCUCUGAAUGAAGUUUCAAUGGUCUUGUUGAAUAACUUGCUAUCUCUACCUUUUGCUGCCUUCUUGAUUGUUCUGUUUGGGGAAUGGGAAUAUGUGAUUAACGCGGAUGUAGUUAAGUUGCCAAUGUUUUGGAUUAUUGCAACAGCUAGCGGGUUGCUUGGACUUGCCAUUAGCUUCACUUCCAUGUGGUUUCUGCAUCAAACUGGGCCAACCACCUAUAGUCUGGUGGGUUCCUUAAACAAAAUUCCCAUUUCUCUUGCUGGUUUAGUCUUGUUCAGGGUGCCUCUCAGUCUACCGAACCUCUUCAGCAUACUAUUUGGUUUAUUCGCUGGAAUAUUCUUCGCCAGGGCCAAAAUGUCUUAAUUCAGAAUGAAUUUAUUAGGAUAAAGAUGGAGGAAUCACUUCCUUAGUUGGCGAGUGAUAUAUCGUCUCAUGCUAAUUCAG